AUGGUUGCUGGCAGUGUGCUGUUGGUGGAGCCAGAUGCUUUCACCCGCCUCUCGGAUCAGUUGCACGCCGAGCUUGAUGAGAAGAGGCGCCGUCAGAUCCAGGCGAGCAUCGAUGCGACGGGCAACGAACGCCGUCAGAAUCGCUUGCGAGGGCGGGCUCAGAAACUGAAUAAGGCUGCUCAGUUGUUGUCGCCGUUUGACAAGCGUGUGAGUCUCUCGGGCAUCAGGGUCCAGGGCCAAACCAUGCAGGAGCCGAGCCAGGUCCUCCAAGGUCUCACGGACUAUUGGAAGCCAGUGUUCACGGGGAAAGACUUCGACGACUCCAGGGCUCGGGACUUUCUCGGGGCCCAUGCUCCCCAGGUGACGUGUAGCGACCUUCCUCCUCCCACGUUCAAGUUUUUGCAGGACUUCUUGAGGCGCCAAGAGGACUCGGGCCCAGGACCUGAUCGUCUCAGGCAUGCUGCCUGGGCGAGAGCACCGCGUGGUGCGGGCAUCCUUUUUGACGGCCUGCAGUGGAUCUUGCAGGGCUCCACUUCGAGCUGGAACUUCAACGAGCUGUUGGGGGUGUUCAUCCCCAAGGGCACGGAGGCGAACGACGCUGAGGGGGUCUUCAGGGACGUCGGGGACGCCAAGCCUCUGGGCCUCAAGAACACCGAUUGCACAAUUUUGAUUGGAGUCUGCUGUUUCGAGCUCUCUCGUCGCGUGCCUGCUGGACCCGACUCGAAUCAGAGGGGUUGUGUCCUUGGCCGCAACUUCUGUUCGAACAUCGUGGGCCUGGACGCGUAUUCUCGGGUGUAUUCCAUGGGCCCUCAAGCGUCGCCCCCGCUUUUGGUUGGGUUUGACUUCGGCCAAGCUUUUCCGAGCUUGUGCCAACGCUGGCUGGCGCUCGUGCUAGAUGUGCUGGAUCUGCCUCCACCUCUGCGCUGGUUCUUCGACGCCAU